CUUUUUUUUCAGCAUGUGUUUCAUAGCGACCUAGAGUGAUUGAUCGAUUUUGUUGAUUCAGUUUAUCGCCGAAUAUGUGUGUGUGUGUGUUUGUCUGUCUAUGUAUACUACAAUGAACUAAAAUUGAACAAGACCAAUAAAAAAAAGAGGCAAGAAAAUUUAACCUGAAUAUAUAUAGAGAAACGAUUUGGCAUACGUUAUUCGUUAAAGUGUACGUGUACAAUCAUGUUUGCUCGUGGAUUAAUUCCAACCGGUACGGGUUGUUCAAUCGCUAGCAGUGGUGGUUGUAAUUUUAUGACAACUCGUACUGGUGGUGGUGGUGGUGGUGGCCAUCAUCAUUAUCCACAUCAUCAUCAAAAUGCUGGAAUUUUUUCUUCCAAUGGUACUAGUACCGGAUCUAUGGGUAUUUCCGGAGGAAGCAGUAUGGGUAGCAGUAAUACUGUUGAAAAUAAUCGUGUGAUAUUAAAUGUUGGUGGUAUACGUUUUGAAACAUAUAAAACAACAUUAAGAAAGAUUCCAGCAACACGUUUAUCACGUUUAACUGAAGCACUUGCAAAUUAUGAUCCUGUUUUAAAUGAAUAUUUUUUUGAUCGACAUCCGGGAGUUUUUGCACAAAUUUUAAAUUAUUAUCGAACCGGAAAAUUACAUUAUCCAACCAAUGUUUGUGGCCCUUUAUUUGAAGAGGAGCUAGAAUUCUGGGGUCUUGAUGCAAAUCAGGUUGAACCUUGUUGUUGGAUGACAUAUACAUGUCAUCGUGAUACUCAACAAACAUUAGCCAUUUUGGAUACAUUAGAUAUGGAUGCGGCAAGCCUUACUGAAGAGGAAAUGUCAAAAAAAUUUGGCUAUGAAGAACAAUAUCGUAAAGGAAAAUUAACAAGAUGGCAACGUUUAAAACCUAAAAUAUGGUUAUUAUUUGAUGAACCGUAUUCAUCUAAUGCUGCUAAGGGUGUGGCAAUAAUAUCCGUAUUUUUUAUCUGUGUAUCAAUAUUUUCAUUUUGUAUAAAAACACAUCCAAAUAUGCGUGUACCGGUCAUUUACAACCGUACUAUUAAACAGCCACCAAAUUUUCGUCCGCCUUAUUCUCGUUAUUCUUCCAUACCAUAUCACCAACAACAACAACAACAACAACAUCAUCAUCAUGACCAAUAUUCUAUUCAUUCAAAUCAUCAUCGACAUCGACAUCAUAAUCAUAAACAACGGCCACCUUCUCAUACACAUCCAUCAUCAUCAUCAACGAUUGCUCAAUCAUCUUCAUCAAAUGGUGAUAAUAUUCAAAGUGAUCAUAACCUCAAUGAUGAUGAAAAUUUUGACAAUACUGAAUCAAAAUCAUCAUCAUCAUCAUCAUCAACAACAAAUUGGAAAGAAUCAUGGACCUUGGAUAAACAUAAAACCGAUGCACAUGAUGCAUUUUUUUAUAUUGAAGCUAUUUGUAAUGCUUGGUUUUCGUUUGAAAUUGCAACCAGAUUUUUGGUUGCACCAAGUAAAUUGGAAUUUACUAAAGAUGCCAUCAAUGUGAUCGAUGCCAUAGCAACCUUGUCAUUUUAUUCGGAUUUAAUAUUACAAUCAUUAGCUGCAUCUGUACAGUUAGCUAAUGCUGAUAUAUUGGAUUUUUUCUCCAUUAUUCGUAUAUUAAGAUUAUUUAAAUUAACAAGACAUUCACGUGGUUUGAAAAUACUUGUACAUACAUUUCGUGCAAGUGCCAAAGAGCUAUUCCUAUUGGUAUUCUUUUUGGUAUUAGGUAUUGUUAUAUUUGCCAGUCUAGUUUAUUAUGCUGAACGUUUACAAGCGAAUCCACGAAAUGAUUUCAAAAGUAUACCCGAAGGAUUAUGGUGGGCGAUUGUUACCAUGACUACGGUUGGUUAUGGUGAUAUGGUUCCACAAACUUAUGCCGGAAUGUUAGUUGGUGCAUUAUGUGCAUUAGCCGGUGUAUUAACUAUUGCAUUACCAGUACCUGUAAUUGUAUCAAAUUUUACAAUGUUUUAUUCACAUACACAAGCAAGAGAAAAACUUCCACGACAACGACGUAGAGUGGUAAAUGUAGCCGAUCCAUUUCAGCCAUCAACAACAACAUCACCGGCACCGCCUCAAUCAUCUACACAUCAUAGCUGGACAACAACAACGGGUUCUUUAGCACCAACGCCUACACCACCAGUGCCACCUCAAUCAUCUUCAUCACAAUUAAAAUCAAUAACGCCUACAGUUACGAUAAAUCUACCACCACCACCACCAUCAUCAAUAUCAUCAUCAUCAUCAACACAAUUGAAUUCGAUAACAUCAAUUACAACAACGACAACAUCAACAACAAUGGCAACUGCAAUGAUAACAUCUACAAAUACAAAUAUAAUUUCUGAAAAACGACGACGUCAUUCAAGUCAAUCCAAAGUUCAACGAUUACCUUCGAUGAAAUUGAAAUCUCCAAAUCAUAUUGAUACAACAUCAGAAUCAUACAUACACAUUAAUACGUCAAAUGAAACAUCAGAAUGUUCUAAUGCUCAACACGAUUCAACUAAUACAAUCAACACUGCUGCCAUACAUGAAAAAAAGAUAAUAGUUGAAAAAAAUAUCUCGAUAGAGAAUCAAGCCGCUGGAAAUGAUCAUGGAGUUUCAACUAAAAAUCAUACCAAUGAUAAUAGUGAAAACAAAGUGUGCCAUCAACAAAGUGAAAAACGACAGCAACAACAAAAAGCUAGAAAAAAAUGUAGACAUCAAUCGAUCUCAAUUGCAACCAAUUCAUUCGAAUCUAAUAAUAACGAAACCAUCAACAACACCAAUCACAUUAAUCGAAAUGAAUCAACUUCUACUAUUCCAAAACUUCAACAAACUCGUGUUGUAUUAUCGGUGGAUCGUAAACGAUCAACUCCACAUGUCGAAAUCAUUUCUAAUCCUAAAUCAACAGCAACAUAUUCGAACAUAUCGAAAGAUGGAAACAAUAGUGUACAUGUUAAUCAGAUUGUUUCGCCGGUUACGAAUCCAACUCUGAACAAUAAUAUUAAAGAACAGAAUUUACAUCAACAACAACAACAACAGCUGCCAAUAAAUGAUAUACAAUGUCCUUGUUGCCAUCAUCAUCAAUUGGAAUUAGAAAAACAAGAACAACAACCACAACAAGAAUCUUUAUCAACAUCAUCAACAAUAACAUUGUCGGCAAAAAAUCAAACAAUGUUGUUCGAUGACAAUGAUGAUUAA